AUGUCGCUGCCACAAGACGGCUCGCGGGCGUCCUUCUCCAACGCGAAUGGUGGCCGGCAACAUCAACACAUCUUCCAGGCCCAGCCCCAAAUCGGUCUACCGUCGCCUACCUCCGCACCACAUCUACAAAAACAUCCACAGCAGCAGUUUGUCGGCUUCAACCGACCGACCCAUAUCCGUCCUCAGAUCCAGCAGCAAGGGCAGAUUCCCCAGCACAAAUCGCCAUACAUUACCCCAUACGCGCAGAACAAUGGACAAGUUGGAGUUCCCAGACAGAAUGGUGGCAUCGGAGUCUCUGCGGAGCAGCAAAUUGCCCAAGGGGUCUUGAGCAAUGCUUCCGCAGCCUCGGGAUCCAGCACUCCGCUGCAACGACGAGGAGGACCUCCUCCCUUGGGGACCACGAUCCAUAUGCCCCCUCAUGGCACGCCCCAAACUCAACCCAUGAGCGUUAAGCAUGCCAUGAACCCUGCCUCGAAUAUCCAGCAAAUACAGCGCCAGUCUCAGAAUACCUCGCCUGCUCUCCAGAACCUGGGUGCGCAUGGUCCUGUUUUGACCGAUUCACCGGCGAACUCGAAUCUCGGAAAUCAACCUCAGGACGGCUCACCAGAUGUCAACGCUCAGGACAUGUCUAUGAUUGAUCCCCAGCUUGCAAUCGAUCAGCACCUCACCGAACAAGCUAACAAUUCCAUGAUGGUUGGUGAUGCUCCGCGGGAAGUCGUCCAAGGUGAGAUGCUAUCACCCCCUCCUGCUGGCAGUUUUCCAACCUUUGAUGCCCUCUUUUCCUUUGCCCAAGCCCACGCUCUGGCCCACGGCUAUGCCUUUGUCAUCGGUCGCUCCAAGCGUGAUAACAGAGGCCUCAAGAAGGUUUUCUUGAUAUGUGAUCGUGGUGGAACCAACAAGGAGAAAGUGCCAGGUGAGCAGCGUCAACGGAAGACCAAGUCUCGGAAAUGCGGUUGUGAAUUUGGUGUGUUCGGAUUGGAACAGAAGACAGCCUGGUUUCUGAGAGGUCGGAUCGAUGGCGAGCAUUUGUCUCAUAACCACCCUCCUAGUGAAAGCCCAACAGAGCAUCCUGGUGCAAGAAAACUGGAUCCGAGAGCUAUUGCUGCUGUAAAAGCUCUUGAGUCAAACGGCGUCUCCGUCAAAGAUACUCUUGCGCACUUACACCGUGAAAAUCCCAACGUCCGCUACCUUCCCCGUGACAUCUACAACGCCCGGGCGGCUAUCAAGCGCGACCCUUCCCGCGUGGAAGCUACAGCAAUGGAGUCUUUGCCUACAUUCUACAAGAAGCCACCCUUGACACACGAGGAGAAACUGCGUGCCGAACUGCGAACAGAAGUAGCGAACGCAAAGGCUGAAGUCGAAAAAAUCAAAGAGGAUCGGCGAAUUGAGAUCGAGGAAUUGAAGGAGCAGAUAAGGUCAAAGGAUAGGCAGAUCAAAAAGUUUGAAAUGUUCAUUGACAUUUGCAAUGAACGGGUUAUGGUGCAGCGGAAUCUGCUGACGGAUGGCGCUGAAGAAGAGACUCCGUCCGGCUAG